GACACAGAGUCAGUGGUUUUUACGGGUCAGGAAAAAGUUUCAAGAUAUUAGUCGGAAAAUAAUCUUGAAAUUACUUUUGCACAUGAGAAAUACCUAUAUCAAUAAGAUUUUCACACUUCGCGUCAACAAACCUAGUGGCAAAUAGGCGAAGCUCAGAGUGAGCUCACACAUACAUUUGCACCCAAGUAAAAACCGACUCUUUCGAUAACGCGAAUGUGAAUAGUUUUAAUACUCAUUGGCUACAGCGUCGGUAUUAGAUGAAAUCAUAUAGAUUUUUCAAAAACUAGUCUUGAAAAAGUAACAAAACUAGUUUUAGGUACGAGUAUUGCUUAUUUUUUUACUAUUUUAUUACAUCGCGUAAAUAAAAAUUGAACUUCUUUUUGCCGCCAAUAGUGUCUCUGCACUUUGUCACUUGACAGUUGUUUUGUGGAUUGUUGUGAACGAUUGUGAAAGAAGUUGUUUUAAGAGAGUUCAAAAGCAAGAAGAAAUGUAUUCCAGGAGGACAAUAAGUUCUUCUUACCCGAUUAAUUCAUCGUUCUUCGAUUCGCCGGAUGCUGAACUUGACAACAUCCCUAUAAUGCAAGGCGAAAUUGAGCAAGAACGCGAAAUUGAGCAACAAGGCGGAAUUGAUCAAGCCUCCAUGGAGAGUUCAGCGAGAGCGGAUUCGAAUCGCCACGAAGAAAGGCUGUCGCGCAUUGAAAAGACGAUGGAGGAUAUGAGCAAAAAGAUUGAGAUCAUAUAUAAGCAUAUCCUUAAGGAGAAAUUAAAUUCGAAAAUGAGGCAGGAAGUCCUUAAAGCCCUACCCAUAGACAGUGUGGACGCAUUGAAGGCUUUCGAAUCAAAGUUGAAGAAGAAGGAAUUUUCUGAAGAGUUUGCUUCCAUCGCAGGCUCAAUGCAGCUAAGAGACUUCCUGAAGGAUAAGGUGGUCAAAACGAUGAACCUAAAAGGUUCACAUGAUAAGGAAGCCCUAAAAAAUUAUGGAUUUUACAAAAUCUGGAAAAAUGCCAGUGGCAUUUCCCGAACGGACUUCAAGAAGAUGGUGAGAUGCCAAAUACAGGCAUCUCACAGCCGCAUCUACGCCAAGGAGCGGCGCCUUAAAAUGAAGUCAAAGGGGCGUCCGGUGAUCGAGUCUGACAGCGAGGAGGACAGUUAAAUUCUUCUCAUUUAUUUUUUGGACCUCAAUUAUUUUUCUUAUUUUUUCAUUAAGUUCCCAUAGUUAAGGCAUUAAUAUGAAUUGCAAUUACUUAGCAUUCGUUUUUUGUGUAAAAUUUCAACUCCCUAGAUUUAUUUGUUCUAAGAUAUUUCAAAUGAUAUGAAUUAUAAGUUAAUUUUUAGAUAAAUCUUAUUCAUUUUACCUAAUUAAAAUUUAAAAAAAAUCGCUAUGAAAUGGGGUAUAAAAAAUGCGUAAAGAAUAUGAAAUGCAACCUAAAGUAAAUUAUAUAACACAAUGUUCUAUAAAUGAAAAAAAAAAAUAAAAUAGGGAAACUUAUUCUUUAAUGUAAAAAAUUAAAAUAUAUCUAUAUAAUAAAAAAAAGUAUUUAAUUACAAAGCUAAAUCUGUUUUAUUUACAUACACUAUAUGUGUAUAUAUAUAUAUACAUACAUUUAAAUAUAUAAAUAAUUUUAAAAGAAAUUUUAAAAUUUUUUGUAUUAGGACCAUUGAAAAAAUAUAUUAUUGUGGUCUUAAAAUUAAAUUUGGUUUAGUUUUGCGACUAUUCUACUGUCGCGUAAAUGAAGGAGUCGGUAAAUUUGCUACUCACACGGAUGAGCUACUCAGCGCUACUCACUAAUACACACACACGAAAAAAAGUGCCAUUUUCUAACAAAUAGUCGGAAAACUUUAUAUGGGAACUACUGACGAGUUAUAUUGACGCGAAUUGUGAAAAUCUUUAAAAAAUCUUAAAGUUGUGUCAGCCGGGUGG